AUGUGUUUCCAACCUCUUAUACCAGACGUGGGCCAAGCCCAAAACCAGUCCAUGGCCUUAGCCCAAUUUCAAUCCAGAUCUGUUGAGGAAGUGAGUAUGGGCCAUAGACAGAUUUUAAUGAGCUUAAAAGCCCCAAAAAUCGGUAGGCCCAGGCCCAACAUCUCUGGUUGUAGAGAGGGCAGACACGUGCAGUCGAGGCCUGGUACAGUUGACGACGAGCAGAACGCCGCCGGUGAGGAUAACAUGAAGCUGGGUUUCCGAGUCUCAACAAACCUUUUGCCGGACCAGUGA